CUGGCAACGCCGCAAUUCCUACAGUCUAUGGUCCUUACUGACGCGGUGUACUCAUGUAUCACUCUCCGCCGUCCGUUGACCGGUCAGAAGAGAACGCCCAGAAAUCGAGGAAGCGGAUCGCAAGGGCCUGCGACUCGUGUUACAAGAGAAAGAUAAAAUGUGAUGCUGCUGAACCGCAAUGUAACUGGUGCAGUCAUCAUGACAUUCCAUGUACCUUCACUCGGGUCAUCACGCGGAAACGCAAAGCCAAACAUGAUGCACGGGGCGAACGAGAAACGCCUGGCUUGGCCGAGCGCAUUGAGCGCAUAGAGAAAUUCCUGACUGAGAAUCUUUUGAAAGAGCCUACACCAUCCGCGACACCACCUAGUGUCGAUCAUCAUGAUACUCCUCCAGAAUCACGUUUCUUGAAUCAUGCCCUGGAUACACCACAAGAAUCCCCGCCUCUGAAUGAGACAUCGGGCUCAUCGUCGGUCGCUCUCCAUUUCGCGGGCCGAGAGCUGGGGUGCUUUAGCUUAUUCACCGGCAUCCCAUUACUGCUUCCGGAGGGAAAGCGAUGGGUUCAAUCACGGACCGGACAGAAUAUUGCCCUCAGCAGACUGGUCAGCUCCAACAAGCCGCCAUGGGAAAGACAGCGGGCGUUGAGUUCCAAUGCACUGGUGAUGAACCCGCAGACCGAGAACGCAUUCGAGCUGCCGGAUCGAACGGUUAUCCAUAACUACCUCAAUCUGUUCUCAUUGUCAUUCAUGCGACGCAUAUUCCCUGUUUUGGAUCCCGUUCUUUUCAAGGAGACCAUCGAGAGCGCUUAUCAGCAACGUCACCUCAAGUUCUGUUAUGGGAAAGCUAGCCUCAAGGCAUCGGUCUUCGGUUUCGCUGCUUUUGUGUCUCUUGUACCUCCGCCUGACCUCGAAACCCAAUAUAGGAGCUUGCCGGCUCUUGACGGCGAAGCCUACUUCACGAAGGCUCAAUGCCUGUUGCCUCAGGUUCUGCAAGAGUCGUGCUCUGUGGAAGGAUUGCAGGCGGUUAUAAUGCUGGCACUCUAUGAGCUGGUCACUGGUAAUUUACAGUCAGCUAGCUAUUACGGUUCGAUUGCAGCUCGCAUGAUAUUUUUACUAGGCGGGCACACCACAACCCCUCUUGCUGGAGAUCCGGACUCACCGCCGGAUGAGACCACCAUGAGAAUGCAGAAACAUGUUCGACAAUUGUUCUGGCUAUGUUACACAAUUGAGAAAGAUGUGUCUCUCCGUACUGGGCAACCCCAAAUGUUUUCAGAUGACAAUUGCGACCUGACAAUACCCCCAAAUUACGGUGAAAACUUAUUCACCUGCCCCAUUGACUGCCGACAGGCACCCUCGGAAGACAUGCCUGAAGAUCCAGUAUACCCGGUGGAUAUUCGCCUGAGCAUCAUCAAGUCGCGAGCCUACAGUGCUCUAUACUCAUUCAAAGGCCUGAAGAAGACAGACGCCGAAAUCCUCAAAGAAAUCCGCGAAUUGGACGAUGAGCUGGAGAAGUGGCGUCUGUCAGUCCCUCUACAAUGGAGACCUACAUUAUCCUUCUCACAGGAAACCCCAGACCCCAACGCCAACAUGCACUCGGUCAUACUCCGACUCAACUAUCAUCUCUGCAUGACCAUCAUCCACCAAGCCAGCGGCCGCUGCCGAUCCUGGUCCAAAGAACAGGGCGGGAUCAUGCACGGCGUAAACUCCAGUUUAGCUCUCUCCGUCGAAGCCAGUCGUUCGACAUUACUCUACCUCCAAGCAUCAGAACACGUGCUAAUCGACGGCAUAUUCUGG